AUGAACGUUUUUAAUAGAUUUAAGAAGUCUGCUGCUGAUAACAACGUAAACGAGAAAUUGGGACCUGUCUUUCAUGAUCCAAAGUUAACACCUCCUCCUAACUACACUCCACCAACACAACAACCUUUGACUGCCGAACAAGAGGAAAAAGUCAAUAAAUUGAAGUCUUAUAUUGAGUCAAUAAUGCUACCAGAGACACAUGAAUACUACCCAAAUGAAAGGGGAUUUGUCACUGAGGCUACUAUUAAACGAUACAUGCGCGCUAGAAAGUGGGAUUUCGAGCAAGCAAAAAUCAUGUUAGAGAAUUCAGUCCGUUGGAGAAGAGACUAUCGUCCUGAUCAGCUUGACCCGGAUUAUAUCAAGCCAGAGGCUGAAACUGGCAAAAUGUAUUACAAUGGCUUCGAUAAAUGUGGUCGCCCAGUUUGGAUUAUGAGACCCCGAUUGCAGAAUUCAAAAGACGCAGAACGUCAAGUUAAACAUAUUGUCUAUUGUUUGGAACGUGGUAUUCGUUUGAUGCCUGAGCUAGUCGAAAAUUUAGCGAUUAUUGUAGAUUUCAAGGACUCUUCAGCUUCACAUAAUCCAAGUGUGUCCACUUGUAAAAAAUUUUUGGAUAUUUUGGGCAACCAUUAUCCUGAAAGAUUGGGUAUUGCAUUUGUAGUUAAAUCGCCUUGGUUUUUCUUUGCUACUUUCAAAGUUAUCUCACCUUUCAUGGAUCCUGUCACGAAGAAUAAGAUUAAGUUCGUUUAUGACGGACAAGAGGGGAAGAAAGAGAAGAGUAUAGGUAACGACUGGGUGCAUUUGAAGGAUUAUAUUGAGCCUGAUCAAUUAGAAUCUGAUUUUGGAGGAGAGUAUAACUUUGAAUAUGAUUUGGAGUCCUAUUGGAAUGCCCUUUUGGAAAAAACAGGAAAGCCAUACAAAAUAAUUGAUUACAAUUAG